UAUCAGCUUAAUCUUCGAGUUCUCUUAAAAAUGGAAUGCGAAAUUUCCGAUACACGAAUCCAGACCUUCCCUAAGAAAAGAAUUAUAUUCUGUGGUGUGUUUUUAGCAGUUGUAAUCUUUUUUAUCGGGUUUUUGAUUGGGUUUUUCGCCUUUAAACACGCCAACGAUCCUGACCUAGAAAAUGCAUCAAAGAAUCAACACAAAGCAGACUACGAAGAAUACCAUGAUAGAUUCCUGAAACAAGUUAGCGCGGAAAAUCUCGGUAAAAAUCUAAGGUUCUUCUCAUCACGCGUUCACUUGGCCGGCUCGACCCGACAGAAGGAACUAGCGGAAUAUCUGGCCAAGAAAUGGCGGGAAUAUGGACUGGAAGUCGAAAUGCCUGAGUAUGAAGUACUCCUAUCGAAACCACAGGCAGACCAACCCAAUAAGAUCACAAUAGAGAACAAUGGUACCGUUGAGUACACAAUAGAAGGAAAAAUAAAGCUCUUUCCAGACCCAAGGAAAAACGAUACAGUAGAUUUCUAUCCAUUUGUUGGUUAUUCUCCAAACAAGACAGUCGAAGGAGAUUUGGUGUACGUUAAUUAUGGAGGGGAGACCGACUAUGAAGAGCUCGAAAGGAGGAACAUUUCGGUUGAAGGCAAGAUUGUACUGGCAAGAGCACCAUCGAUCCGUCUUGCAUCAAAGAAAGGUGCCAUUGGAUUUAUAUCGUUUCCAAAUCCAAGUUAUUCUGCCCCUGAUGGUACCUCAGAAGACAAGACCUACCCUAACGGCAAAUGGCUGUCGAAAGAUGCUGUUCAACCAUGGUCUUCAUUCAGGGUCCCGUACAGUGGCGAGAAACUAACUCCUGGACUGCCGGCAACCAAGGGAAUCUUUAGAAAACCGUACAACGAGAGCCAAAUGCUCAAUAUACCAGCGCAGCCAAUAUCCUAUGGUCAAGCCAAAGAUCUUCUACGAAAAUUAAAAGGAGACGAAGCACCGUCCACAUGGCAAAUUCCUGGAUUCAAUAUGACUCUCAGAAUUGGACCAGGAUUUCAAACCUCUGGAUCAAAGGUCAAGCUACAGGUCAAUACCCAAGUAACAAUGACUCCUAUUUACAACGUGAUAGGCACCAUACGUGGAAGCGAGGAGCCAGACCGUUACGUUAUCGUCGGUAACCAUAGAGACUCUUGGGUGUUCGGGGCAGUCGAUGCUUUAAGUGGAACAACGACAACGAACGAAAUAGCUCAAGUACUUGGAAGUCUUAUAAAGUCGGGUUGGAGACCAAGAAGAACGAUAAAGAUUUGUAGCUGGGGAGGAGAGGAAUGGGGUCUUUUUGGCUCCGCUGAAUGGGUUGAAGAAAACUCUAAGAUUAUCCAAGAACGAACCAUAGCUUAUGUUAACCUCGAUAUCGCGGUCAGCGGUAAUUUCGUACUUCGAGCACGCGCAAGCCCCCUAUUCAAGAGUAUUACUCAUAAAUGGGCGAAAAGAAUCAAGGACCCUACUAAUCCUGAUACCACUAUGUUUGCCACGUGGCUGCAGAAAAAUCCUUCACAAUUCAUUCCCGGAGAUCCCCAGCUCUACAAUAACUUCCGGUCCAGUGAUUACGUCAUGUUUUACGAUUACCUCGGCAUUCCCUCCAGUGACUAUGGAUAUUGGUACGGCUACAAAAAUGAAUCGUAUAUGUACCCUGUAUAUCACACGACCGAGGAUACGUUUUACUGGAUGCAGAAAUUUGUCGAUCCAAGAUUUCAAGUCCACAAAGCGAUGGCCCAGUUCAGCGGAGGUUUGAUCCUUGAUUUGGCUGACUCUCCUUUGAUUCCCUACAAAGUUUAUGACUUCGCCAAGAUGUUGAAUAUCUGCUACAAUAUCCUUGAUCAAUCAAACUUGAUGGAAAGUCAUAAUAUACGAGAGGAGCAUAUGAAAUAUUUGCAAGACGCAGUUGAAAAGUUUGUUCAAAAUGCCAAGGCGUUUGAAGAAAAAAAAUCAAAGGCUUCCGGGUUCAAUUCCCUUCAACUACGCAUGAUCAAUGACCAAAUGGUCCAAGUAGAAAAGGCAUUCAUCGCCCCCGAAGGGUUGCUAGGGAAACCAUAUGAUCGUCACGUGGCCUUUAAUUUUGGUUUCAGAAAUAUCGAGGACGUGCAGGCUUCGUUUCCUGGUGUUACUCAUGCAGCUUACAAUGCGCUGGAGACAGGGGACUGGGACGAGGUUAGAAAGCAGAUCUCAUUGGUAAUACAUUCUGUACGGGUGGCUACGGGCAUCAUCGCUUAAACUUAAAUGAGGUUCAUUGAAACAUGUCAUAGACAAACGAUUCAUGCACAAGUGAGUGUAAUUUUUUUUCAAGAAACCUUGAAACAAAAACUUACUGAUUGAUUUCCAAAUCUAACUAAGUCAGAUGAAACUAAAAUGCUUUUCUUUUAAAUAGGAAACAAAACGGCAAAUUUGUUUUCAUUCUGUUAAAGUGCUGAUACACGGUGCAACAUUGCACGCAAUAUUGCACGCAACAAAUCUGAACCGGGGUGACACACGUUACAAUAAAAUCACGCAACAUCGCUUGUGUCAGCAACGCUUGUGAAGUUGAUGGGUUCGAAAUUUCAAAAUGUUGCACGCAAUGUUGCAGCCAUGUUCACAUGAUGAAAUUUGUUGUACGCAAUGUUGCAAAAGUAGAGAGCGAUUCAACUUCUCAUUUGUUGCAUGCAACGUUGCGUGCAACAAGUUUGGGGUAGACACACGCUGCAACAGUCCUGUUGCGUACAAUGUUGUAUGCAAUGUUGCACCGUGUGUCAGCACCUGUAGAGCUCGAUUCAACUCGGCAUCAUUAAGGCAUGGCUCUCAGAUGAAAAACUGUUUAGCUAUAUCAUAGCCAGUUUUCUACGAAUCUUCCGCAAACUAUAGCUAUAAUUCUUAUUUGCGUUACUAUUCCAUGCAUUUGGAAACUUAUUAAUGUUGAAGAGAAUAUAUUGGUCUCUGUCAAUUAAAAGUGGCACUUUUUAAAGUUAUUUUUAAACAAUGUUGACGUCAAUUGGAAAAUCACUGAAGAGAUAUCACUCAAGGAGAACCGUUCCUCUUCGUUACUUAAAAAUUCCUGUUUGUCCGUUCAACUUCCUGUAAAGAACCGAUUUCUAGCGUACUUUUAGCUCUUGUUCAUAUUUGGUUUUAUAUUUUAAAUAUAUAGUAGAUCCAGAUACCUAAACUGCCCUAUAGCUGAUGCCUAAAACAUUCAACUUGAACUGAAAAUACCAAGUAGAGAAGGGUCUCAGUGAGUGAACGAAUAUCCUAAUACCGUGUAGUUUAUUAACGGCGUAGGAUUAUCGACUUCAGAAAAUCUGAUUGCAUGUACUUGCGAGGAGACAGAGAAAAAAUUUCGUUGAACGGUAUACACACUUGGCAAUCCAGGCCGUUAAUUUCUCAGUAAAGAAUACGAAAUAUUA